AUGGGAAAGGAAUUCAGAAUUACCGACUUCGAUGUCAGCGGUGGAGAUGACGACGACCGAGUUUUGGAGUGGGAGGUUGGGUUGCCGAACGUCGACGACUUGUCGUCGUUAUCACAGUUUAAUGAUAUCGGCGGAGAUGGCAUCGACUUUCAGCAUCACGCCCGGUCCUCACCGGAUGAUGAUAGAGAGGAAGAAAUGGUUGUGGAAGGUGAUGAGACCGUCGAUCUGACUCCAGACGGUUCCGAUUCGAGGAAAUUAUGGAGAGUUGAUAGCGGCGACGAUCAUUCUUCCACAAAGUCAUUGAAAAGAAUUUGUUUGGUUUGGACGCCUCAACUUCACAGUGAUAACAACGCCACCACCAGUACUAGGUUUAGGACAUAA